AUGGCGAACUCAAUACUGAACUGGGAGAAACCAUAUCACGCGCCCAUGGUCGGAUCUGCGAUCACCUUAGUUUACAUGCUGUUCUGGCUCAUUGACGCCUCGGUGCUGUCCAAGCUUUGCAUUAUCGCCAUCAUCGCCGUCCUGCUCGACUUUUCACUGCCAAUCGUCAAUGGCAUGAUCUCAGCAAAGUGGAUUCAAGAGAACGAGGCCAAGUUUGAACACAUCUGUCGCACUCUCUCCGAAGUGGUUGACCGCCUCUCCAACGCCUACCGUGUCUUUGCGCAGAUGAAGCGCACCUCCACAAAAACUUACUAUGGAAUUCUGAUGUGCAGUCUGCUCUUUGUCGCCUGGCUGGGCAGCCUCAUCCACAAUCUCCUGCUGGCGUACCUCUUCACGCUGGCCGUCGCCCUCUACCCGGGCAUCUCCAAGCAGGAGGCCUUCAAGCGACGCAUUCUCGGCUUUGCCUCCAAGAUCAGCUCAUUCGUCGGUCCAUCCGCCGCG